AUGGGCAUCAAGAUCCUCCAGCAGUCUAAAAGCCGAAAACAAAAAGCAGAAGCCUACAAACUCUUUGCUAAAGCGUCUGACAUGGGAAACUUGAAAGCUAUGGAGAAAAUGGCUGAUGCUUUGCUAUUUGGAAAUUUUGGCAUGCAAAACAUAACAGCAGCUAUCCAAUUAUACGAGUCCUUGGCUAAAGAAGGAUCAUAUAAAGCCCAAAACGCAUUAGGAUUUUUGUCUUCUUGUGGAAUAGGAAUGGAAUACAAUCAAGCUAAGGCACUGAUAUAUUACACCUUUGGAAGUGCUGGAGGAAGCAUGAUAUCCCAGAUGAUUUUGGGGUACAGAUAUUUGUCAGGAAUCAGUGUUCUACAGAAUUGCGAAGUUGCCCUAAGUCAUUACAAGAAAGUGGCAGAUUAUAUUGCUGACAAAUUGGAAAAAAGUGCAGGUGUUCCAGUGGAAAAAGUGAGACUAACUGAAAGACCUGAAAAUCUGAGUUCUAACAGUGAGAUUUUGGACUGGGACAUAUACCAAUACUAUAAAUUUUUGGCUGAAAGAGGAGAUGUUCAGAUACAAAAAGCAUUAUACUACUUCUUAAAGGCAGCAAAAGCUGGGAGUGCAAAUGCCAUGGCAUUUAUAGGAAAGAUGUAUUUAGAAGGGAAUGUUGCAGCACCACAAAAUAAUGCUACCGCUUUCAAAUACUUUUCUAUGGCAGCUAAUAAGGGCAAUGCCAUUGGUCUUCAUGGGCUCGGUCUUCUUUACUUUUAUGGGAAAGGAGUUCCUGUGAAUUAUGCAGAAGCACUUAAAUACUUUCAGAAAGCUGCAGAAAAGGGAUGGCCAAACGCACAGUUUCAGUUAGGCUUCAUGUACUACUCUGGCUCUGGAGUAUGGAAGGAUUAUAAACUUGCCUUCAAAUAUUUUUACUUGGCAUCUCAGAGUGGGCAGCCCCUCGCCAUUUAUUACCUGGCCAAGAUGUACGCCACAGGAACAGGAGUGUUAAGAUCGUGCAGAACUGCUGUGGAGAAAAAGCUAAAAUCCUUGAAAAAGAGAAGAUGUAUCCAAUGGCACUUCUCCUAUGGAAUCGAGCUGCCACUCAAGGACGUUCGCUUGGCCAGGAGAUUAUAUGAUAUGGCUGCUCAAACAAGUCCGGACGCUCACAUACCUGUGUUCUUUGCCCUCACAAAACUGGAAACUGUGCAUUUGUUUCGAGAUAUCCUGUUUUUUAAUCAGUUUACCAUGAGAUGGAAAUGGAUGAAAUUGGACAAUACCCUUGGACCAUACUGGGAUUUAUUUGUGAUUGGCCUAAUUGUUGCCGUGCUGAUCUUCUUGCUUAGAAAUCGCUACCUGUAGGAUCUGGACCACAGAAAAAACCUGCUCACGGGGACCAGUUCACUUCA